AGGAAAAAGCCUCUUUAGGCUAGCCGAUGCUUAGCCAAAUUUUAUUUUGACUUGUGCUAUAUUUUAUAACCUGAGCGUUUACUCUUCAUUGGUUCUACUUCUACACAAGUUGUGGAUGUGGCCCUUUCUGGGUGGUUUAAAUCUUGGACUUUAAAGUGGAAAACUGAGAGAUUCUAGAGCUGUGAGGUUAUGAUCAGUCCAGGUUUAGUUGUUGUGGGGAUGUGAAAUUCAAGGCAAAGAUGACAUCUUUCAGUGGAUUAGGUAUUGGUUUGAGCCUAGUUUUCGGGUGCCUCCUCUUGGCACUUGUUGCAGAGCUUUACUACUUGCUAUGGUGGAAGAAGAGAAUCACCAACAGAGAGAUUGAAGAAGAUUACAGCAACCAUGCAAAGGAGCUCUUUCAAUUUAGUUGCUGGAAAAAACCCUCUUCUUUGCAGACCAACAGUAACUCUCAGGAGAAUGUUAGAGAACCAGAUGCCAAUCAUAGCAGUAGUGAAUCAGAUUUAGAACUGGGGUCUAGCAAGGAUUUGCUGCUCAAGCUCAAUGGAGAAGAGAAUGUGGAAAUAUCAGAGCUCAUGAGGCUGCAUAAUCUUGCUGGCCCACCUAGAUUUCUCUUCACAAUCAACGAGGAGACAAAGGAGGAUUUGGAAUCUGAAGAUGGGAAAUCGAGAGGUGAUAGAAGUAGAAAAGGGUCAAGAACAAGAAGCUUGAGUGAUCUUAUUUUGUCUGUAGACACUCCAUACCUUUCCCCUUUGCCCUCCCCAUCAUUAAAGUCCUCACCUUUGAGCUCUUUGGACUCUUACAAACACCAUGGAUUCAAUCCUCUCUUUGAAUCAUCAACAGAAGCUGAGCUGAGCAGGUUGAGAUCUUCUCCCCCUCCGAAGUUCAAGUUUUUAAGGGAUGCAGAGGAGAAAUUGUUCAGAAGACUGAUGGAAGAAGCUGAGAAAAGGGCAGCUAAAAAUUGUGGGUCUGCUCAGGAUUCUGGGGUUAAAGCUACACCCAAUUCAACAAUGGCAACAGAAGAGAAAGAUGGGUCUUUUAUAAGACUGGUUGUUGGUAAGAACAAGGAAAACCAGAGAGAGCAUCAUCACCAAAAUCUACCACAAAAUCCUCCAAGCUCUUCCAAGGUACUUCCACUGGCUUCUUCUCCUACAAUGUUCAAAUCCACUUGACAAGAAAAGCCUUUGUGCAUUUAGAUCUCCAUUAAUUACAUAGAGAUCUUUUGUUAAUUAGUUUUUCAAGAGGAUUAAUUCUGUAUUUAUCUUAAGGGUUGAAAGGUUUUUUUUUAAUUUUUUUAUUUCUUUUUCUUGUUAAUUUAUUGUCAUCCUUAUUUUUAAGUUUUAGCUCUUGGGUUUUUGGGAAAAGUAAGGUAACCAUGAAUGGUCUGCAA